UUUGUCUCCAGUUUCUUUCAUAGACACUGCCUUUUCUCCUCACCGCUCAUUUCUUUCUGUGAUUCUCUUCCGCCGCGCUUUUUCUUUGAUCUGCCACGAAAGCUCAGGGCUCAAGUUGAUCGUCUCGCGAGACACAGAAAUUUGUCUUCACUUUGAUGCGUUUCUCAGAUUGAUUUGGCAACGAACAAGAAUUCGUCUUUGUUUGUGAACGGAUGUGCUCCACCGGCGUUCCAUGGCGUCUUCGGCGGCUAUUCAUCUUAACAUCUCCGCCUCUUCCUCUCUCCGCCUUUCCAAGAGGUCAUCUCUGAGGCUCACUAGGAAUCAGACUAAAUUUACUUCUAGCACAACUCGGGAGAGAAGGUCUCAUUCCCUGAAGGUUGUCCAGUCAGUCCUGAAUACCAGCAAGUCAAAUUUGAACGACAAUGGAGCAAGUGAAGAAGCAAAACUGCUUCUCGAGAGAUUAUAUGCCCAGACACAAAGAUUGGAAGAACACGUAAGCAAAGAUUCUCACUCCCCACAAGAUGUUUGGCUAGGACUCAGUCUUGAAAAUCUCGAGUCUGGUCUUCAGGCUGCAUUGACAGUGUUGAAAAAGAAGGAAGAAGAUCUACAAGAUGCAGAAAGAACGAUUCUAUCAGAACGAAGCCAAUUAAACAAUGCGAGGGAGAAGUUGGAGAAGCAGGAGGAAGAAAUUACUGCUGCUUAUCAUAAACAGCAAGAAUUAGAAGACGAGCUUAAGCAGGCAAAUCUGAACUUAGCUUCUCAAGCUAGACAGAUUGAUGAAUUGAAACUUCAAAUCAGGGAGAAAGACGAGAGGAUUGCUGCAGUUGAAUCUACCCUUACUUUGAAAGAAGAUGAGUUGACGAAAAUGAGAGCUGAUUUGGCUAAGAAGAGUGAGGAAGCUAUUAAGACAGAUUCUGAACUGAAGUCCAAGUCCAAGCUUCUGAAUGAAGCCAACGAAGUAGUUAAAAGACAAGAAUUUGAGCUACAAAUGCUUAAAAACGCUGUGCUAGAGAAAGAACAAGAACUGGAAGUUUCUGUAAAGCUGCAGAAACUUGAAGAGGAGAAACUGGAAGUUGUAGAGAAAAAUCUGGAGAAGAGAACCACAGAAUGGUUGUUAGUACAAGAAGACCUGAAAAAAUUGAGAAAGGAAUCAUCUAAGAAAGCAGUGGAGAUGAACAAAACUGUGAACGACUUCAACCGAGUGAAGAAGCUUCUUGCUGAUGCAAAAAGUGAGCUGGUUUCCUCUCAGAAGUCUCUUGUAUCCGCCAGAAAGAAAAUAGAAGAACAAGAAGAUAUUCUUGGGAAGCAAAUGACAGAACUUGAAGAACAGAAGAAGGGUAUCAAUGCAUAUAUGUCAAGUUUAGAAGAUGCUCAAAUUGAAAUAGAGAGCGAGAGAGUCAAGCUUAGGGUCGCACAGGCCCAGAACAAGGAGCUUGAACGUGUCUUGUUCAUGGAAAAGGAGCUCACAGAUGAGUUACAGCAACAACUGAAGAAAGAAAAAUCCAAUCUCCAGCAGGUAACUGAGGAGAAAUCGAUUCUACAGAAGGAGUUAGAGCAUAAACAUAUCGAGUUUGAGAAAACUCACAAUCUCCUUCAAGGUAAAGCGUCGGAGUUGGUCGAGGCCAACUUAGAAAUCCAACGUUUGAAAUCUCAACAGGUUUCUCUUCAACUUCUUUUGGAAGAGAAAGACUUGGAAAUACAUGAUGCACAAAAGAAAAUUGAGAUUUUAAACGAGGAAAUUAUUGAGCUACAGACACUUAUGAGUAGUAAAGAGGCCCAGCUCAGUCAGACAACUGUUAUGCUGAAAGAGAAAGAUGAAUGUGUUCAGAUAAUGCAAAACGAACUGAAUGAUACAAAGCUGAAAAUUUCUGAAGCUGAAGCCGUGGUAGGCCACAUAGUGGAUCUCACAAACAAAUUGGUGAUGUCCAUCAAUGAUGGCGACGACGAUGCUUCGGAAUUGAACGAUGACCUUAGCAUCAAUCUACAGCAGCAAUUCUUCAAGCAACCUACUGAUGAUAAUAUGGGGCUGCAGAAGAAACAGCUUGAGACCGAGCUAGAGCUCACCAAGGAAAGCUUGAGACAAAAAGAAAUGGAAAUUCAAGCUGCAGAAAGGGCCCUGACCGUUAAAGACGAGGAACUAAAGACGGUUCGGGAAAGAUUAGAUACAAAGGAGAAAGACUUAGAGAAUAUGAAGGAAGAGAUGGAUGAAGAAGCUAAGGAUCUGAGGAAGCUAUACGCUUUGGCAGAAGACAGUGUUGGAGUUGGAGACUUGGCAAUUGAAAAGCUUCAAAUUGAAGCUGCUCAGUUAGAGGUUGAAGCAGCAACUAGCGCACUUCAGAAACUCACAGACAUUAGCCGAGAGCUUCUGAAUAAAGCCAGCCACAGCCUCAAGGGUGAUAUCGAUACGAGAAGCAUUCACUUUCAGCUGCACGACGAUGACAGCGACAACGACGUCGAUACUAGAAUAGGUGGUGGGAUCGAUAAUAACAGCCAAAGAUUCAAUGAAGUGAAGCUGGAAGUUUCCCGUCUUUCAUCUCUAACCGAACAGCUCUUGAAAGAGGCUGGUAUAUUUGUUGAUGCGGAUUAGUGGAUAACUACAUCUAUUGGGAUGAAUAAAAGGUCGUUUAAAAUUUUUGCACGAAGUUAUUUGAUUGAUCUGCUAGGUACUCAAAAUAAUCAGAGCAGCAUGUCUUCAACUUCAGUUUCUCCA